AUGUCUUCCGACGUCCUACUAGAAGAAUUCGAGGUUCUUGAAUCGAUCUACCCCGACGAGUUCACGAGGUUAUCCGAAAGAGUAAUCAAGGUCGAUGUAGAACCAGAAGACAUCGAUGACAACGACUCAUUGAAGCUGUCGUUGACGGUCGAAUACACCGAUGGCUACCCAGAUAUGCUGCCUCUUCUCUCAUUGGAGCCUCUCGAUGGCGAACUCGAUGAGGCUGAAACUGCCGCUUUGAUAGAGAGUAUGCGGGCGGUGGGAGAAGAAAACGCGGGGAUGGCCAUGACAUUCACCAUCGUCUCACAUUUGCGAGAGCAAUUAUCCAAUCUCAUCCGUGAGAGGCAUGAACGCCGCAGAAAAGAAGACAUGGAAAAGGAGCGAAAAGUCCUAGAAGAGGAAGAAGCUCGCACGAGAGGGACACCUAUCACUGUCUCAUCAUUCUCAGCGUGGAAGUUCAAGUUCGACCAAGAGCUGGCAUUGAAGAAAGCUCGCGAGGACGAUGAAAAGAUGAAGGGUCUAUCCCUUAAGGAAAGAGAAGAGUAUAAAAAGCUUGCCACCCGACUGUCAGGUCGUCAAUUGUUCGAGCGUGAUAAGGAUCUGGCCAUAUCUGAUAGCACACUGGAGGAAGAAGGCCUGGUAUCUGUCGAUAUCAGCCAGUACGAGAGGACAAGAGAGCUCGAGGACGAGGACGAGGACGAGGACGAUCGUGUACACUUUAGCGACAGUGACUGA